AUGUCGAAACGGACCACGUAUGACCGUGAUGAGCUUGGCCAUACCACGACCAAGCGCGCAAAGGAGGUGGACGAGAACCUGCCUUAUGAUCAAUUGAAGGAAGCUCUGGGUGCGCAAGAGGAGAAGAACGAUAUCACAAAAGUAGUUCAUUGGUUCCACCCAAAGGACUUGCGCAUUCAGGAUAAUACUGCUUUACACCAUGCUUCGGAGCUUGCGCAGAGCUCGAAGAAGCCACUUAUCUGCCUGUACUUGCAUUGUGCAGCAGACGAGUCAUGGCACGGCACGAGUCCAGCGCGAAUGGACUUCAUGUGUGAAGGUAUCAGCAUAAUGCAAAAGGAGCUGAAGGAUCUCAACAUACCACUAGUCUUCCUGGAGUGCGAAGAUCGCAAGAAGAUCGUGCCAACGGUGGUCGACUGGCUGAAGGAGCACAAGGUGUCGCACGUGUUCAGCAAUCACGAGUACGAAAUCGACGAGAUGCGACGCGACAUAAAGCUGGUGAAGCAAGUCGGAAACGAUGUGCACGUCUCGAUAUACCACGACCAGACGGUGGUCGAGCCAGGAACUAUGUUGACUGGCAACGGCAAGCCAAUGAAGGUGUUCACACCCUACUUCGGCAAGUGGCUGGACAUCGUCAAGGAAGAGCCAGAGCUUCUGGACCUAAGGCCUGAUCCCAAGAAGCAGAAUGCGGACAUUGCGAAGGAGCUCAAGGACUUGUUUGGAACAAAACCCCCACAGCCGGGCAAGGAUAAGCAGUUAGGGAGCGAGGAGGACAGGAAGCGCAUCCGCAAGCUUUGGCCUGCCGGCCACAAAGCUGGCGCAAAGCGAAUGGAUGCCUUCCUGAAGCAGAUCAAGAACUACGAAGCCACGCGAUCGAACCCAGCCGCGAACUCGACUUCUCGUAUGAGCGCGUACUUGUCUGCCGGCAUGUUCAGCGUACGUGAAGUCCUGCGAAAAGUCAGUGACUACAACGGCGGCAGCAGCGACUUUACCGAAGGUCGCUCGAAGCCCGGCGUCUACAGCUGGGUGCGCGAGAUCGUAUUCCGCGAACUUUACCGACAGACGACGAUGAUGACACCGCACACCUCGAUGAACUUGCCGCAGAACCUUAAGUUCGACUUCGUACAAUGGGAAGAUGACGAGGAGGGGUGGGAGAAGUGGUACAAGGGUACAACAGGCGAGCCGUUUAUCGAUGCGGGCAUGCGCCAGCUGAAUCACGAGGCUUACAUGCACAAUCGCUUGCGCAUGAACGUCUCCUCAUAUCUGUACUGCAACCUGCUCAUUGACUACCGCCGCGGCGAGCGCUACUUUGCUGAGACACUGAUUGAUUGGGAUCUGAGCAACAAUACGCAAGGCUGGGAGCCGAGCUAUACUGUCUUCAACCCUGUGAGUCAGGCUGAGCGCAACGAUCCCGACGGAGACUACAUCCGCAAGUGGGUGCCUGAGCUGAAGGAUGUGCAAGGUAAGGCUAUCUUUGCGCCGUACGAGAGGCUCAGCAAGGAGGAGUUUGAGAAAUUGGGAUACCCGAAGCCCCACGUUAACUGGAAGAAGACGAAGCAACGGUGUAUGGAGAGGUUCAAGAAUGACAUGUCUGGUGUUGAGCCUUGA